GCGGCGCCGUCUGUCCCGCGAGCGGGCCCCGUCCUCGUCCGGCCCUUUCGCUGAAGCAAGUAACCUCGGGGAGGCGGUGACGCCCGCGGCGCCUGCGCGUGCUUCACUCGCGACGCUGUCCCGCUCUGCCGGCGGGCGAACUCGACAUUUCGACCGCGGCGGCGAGGGGUUGAGGCUGACGAGGAUUCUUCCGGUGCUGCGGGCGGAUCAGCCGCUGGUCCGGAAAGCAGAAAAACUGAGAGAUGUUUGCCACAGCCACCAGAAAUUUUGUGGACGAGGUGGACGAGGGAGGGUUGCUGAUCCCAGUGUCAAGCCUGAACGACACCGUCGCUCUCCUGACAGUGGUGGUGAAGCGCAAGCGUCUCUGGUUCUGGCAGAAGCCCAAGUAUCUUCCCACUGAUUUUAACCUCAAUGAUAUACUGACAGGAGACGCCCCUAUAAAUCCAGUCACCAAAGAGACAGACUUCAUCAAAUAUAAUGGGACAUAUGGUGGCAACAUUCAGGGAGCUUUGGAUGCAAAUUUUGUCCACUCCACUGUGAACGUGGAGGGUAAAGACUCAUCCAAACUCCAGUCAUCCUUUGGCAGUUUGAAAAAAGAGGAGGUGAAUGUGCAGAAGUUGCUGCGAGACUCCAAAGGCAGGGUCCUGGACAUGUCCCACUGUCUGAUCCAGCAGACAAUGGAGAAGCGCCGACGGGUGUUUGGGAUCGUGAAGGAGCGCAUUGUGACCGCCACGCCCUGUUCGGUCAUAGAGGAGGUGCAGCAGGGCAGACGGUGUGGAGGAGGACUGAGCUUCUGGCCCAACAAUCCUAAGGUGUCAUUGAGGGAGAAUGGGAGCCUGAGUAAAGACAGUAAUGUUACCAUGGAGAUUCCUACCUAUACUACUAUUGCCUAUGCCCUCAUAGAACUAGAGAUCAAACAUGAUGGAUGCUAUGAGUUGUGUCUGAUGUCAGACACCACUGGAGGUUUUGAAGUAGACUGCCCAGCUAAGACAGAACUGUGCGGUGUCUCGGGAGCUGUUGCGCACGCUUCUGAAAAUAGCCGCCUUCGACAAGACCUGGAGCAACUUAACGAUCAUUUCCAGCUGCUUUCAUCUCUUCCUGUCACCAUAAAGUCCUCUCUGCUCCAGCAAUUCACAAAAGUUAUGCAGGACCAAGCAGCCGUCAGUGCUCUUCAGAAUGCGCUGGAACAGAUGUGCCUGGGUAAGAGUCCUGCCCUGUGUGAUUUUACGAUGACAGAGUCUCAAAAACAAAACAUCCAAGCAAUUCUUGACCUGGUGGAGCAGUCUGGGCACGUGGAGUCAGCUCAGACAGGCCAUUGCACAACAGUCCUCACAGCCGUUCACCUCAUUAGCAGCGCCUUCGAUGAGUUGACAAAUGAUUGUCUUGCCGUCUUGGGAAUGUGUCUCAGCCACAAUGUGUUACAGACAAUGGAGCUAUUGGUGCAGUGUGUAUCAGGAAAGGGAGAAUUGCCUCUGAGCAGCGCAGGCUUGACUGCACUGACAGGGGACGUCUAUGAAAGGACUGAACAUCUGUUUGCCUCCUCUAAUGUGUCCCUGAAGAAACACGGGGACACAGUGAAGACGGAAAUAAACCAAGAGCCAGGAAACCUUCCUCUGGUCCUGUGUAUCGCCGUCAGAGGUCUUGCCUCGUUAGCCCUCUGUGUUUGAACUGAAGAUGCCAUUAUAUCCACCAUGAAUUUUAAAUACCACACUGGAAUGAGGUAAAGGGGAUUACAUACAGUAUAUUAAGUAUUAUUUUAUCAGUGUUUUGUUUCUUUUAAUUCACUUUAGAGUAGUAUGAUGUCCUUUAAAACACUAUUGCAUUUUACUGUAGGGUAAUUACAUAAAUUUACUAGUGGUGAAACAAUUAGUCAUUUAAUGCUUUAGUCAUUUCUGAUUUUAUAGAAAAAACAAUUAAUGGAUUAUAGUCGUAAAAUAAUCAACUGUUUAAUUAUUGAAUAAAUAAGCGAUAAUACCCGAAAAGUUGUGCGUUACUAAAGGUUAAGUCACACCUUUAAGCCAAUCAGAACGGAGAAUUCUCAUUUGGUGUGGUACAAUGUAAAAUAAACACUAAUUAUUUUAUGUGGGGUCUAAUGUGAUGUCUCAGCCCUUAAGCUGUAGGGUAUCUUGCACCUCACAUUCUUUCUGGUUUUAGAUUGUAAUAAUUUUUCACAUUACUUUUACUAAUUUUCCUCUGUUAAGUGUUGUUAGAUCAAAUAUUUAUGAAUUUUAGUAAUUUGUAAAUUAAAAACACAAAACCAUGACAUUGUCCUCCAAAGUCAUGAAUUUUCAAAGCUGUAUUUUUAAAGUGCUAACUACAAACCUCAAUCUGAAUCACUUGAGCAAAUUGGUUUAUGAAUAUUGAAACUUUUCAUGCAGUUUGAUUGCACGUGUCUUGGAGUUGUAAAGUGCCUUUAAUUGCGGAGUAUUAUUCAAGGUUUUAUGUUGUGAACUUGUCAGGGAACAUAGUUAGCGAUAUUAGAAAUUCUUUCAACCUGCUACCUUUUCAUCUGUACCCUUUUAUGUAUGUUUAUCUCUGGUGCAAAAAGAAAACUUAACAUGAUUGUUUUAACCAUUUCUUUCUUUACCAGCUUGCAAACGUAUGCUCAACACACCACGUUUGUCAAUUAAUUCUGCCAAAAGAACAAAGCAAAACCAGAGCAGAUCAUUAGAAAA